GUGGACUUUUGCUAUGUUCCACAGACGCGCAAGCCUGGCAACAGUGAUGCAGGCUCGAGGGUUUCAGGGUUCAGACGCGCAACCUGUCUGGUUGCCUGUCAGGUUGUCACGGUGCGCUGAGUUACUGUAAUUGCUGUGACUCUAGAGAGGUGUUGAUGCACUGAAACGCGUCGUUCCGAGUCAGAUGCGCUAAAGUUGGGGGAAAUGCCAGGGUGUGAGUGAUUUCUUCAGACUUCCUAAGAAUGACUCCAACCUCGGAGAGAACGCCAGAGUGCAAGUGCUCAUGUAGCGAACGUUUAAAGCAUUUGGAGCUGUCCCUGGCGGAAGCGCAGCUCCGCCUCGCGCAGGCGGAAGGGCUGCUGAGUGCGCAGGGGGGGAUGAAUGGGAGAGGAGGGAAGACUGGAGAGAAGGGAGGAAUUUCUGAGAGAGGCCCUCUGGAGACAGUCCAAGAAGCACCUCGGGAGGUGUUUGAGUCAAAUCAAGCGACUGGAGAGAAGGGAGGGCCUCCUGAGGAAGGGCCGCUGGAGGCCGUGCAAGAAACACCUGGGGAGAUUUUUGGGUCGAAUCAAAAGACCGGAGAGAAGGGAGGGGCUCCUGAGAAACAGACUCCUGAGGCAGUGCAAGAAACAGCUCAGGAGAAUUCUCAGGUUGAAAGGGGGGAAACCAGGACAGGAAGAGAAGGGGAGGGUCCUGCUGAGAAUCUAAAGGAUGGAGGGGAGCCAAAGAGUGGUGGGAGUAGGAAGAGCGGAGGGAGAAAGGUGCGAGGAAAGCCACUGGAGAGCUACAGGACUCGCCACGUGGCAUUGCAGAUCAUGUACCUGGGGUCGAGGUACCUAGGCUUUGCGUCUCAAGGCUCCACGGGAUCUACUGUAGAGGGCCAGCUAGUGGCGUCUCUGCGUCACACCAAGCUGCUGCUCCCUGCACCCCCACCCCCACAAGCACCCACUGCCAUCGCACCACCUGCACCUGCAUCCAACCCACCACCUAUCCCGGCUAUUUCGCCCAUCUCGCCCAUUUCGCCCAUUUCGCCCGUUUCGAAUGGUGACUCCGUACCACUUGAGGAUAUGCAACAGAAGGCGGGGCAGGGUGUGAAUAUAUCGAAUUUUGACUGCACAGCUGAUGUCAAGCUGCAGCGAAAGCAGAGGAAAGCAGCGAGGAAGAAUCGUGGGAUAUACGGGGCUUCUAACGAAGAUGCUUCUAAAGAGGGGGGUGCUGCUGGGAGUGUGAAUGUGACUAAAGGAGGGGUUCCUAUAAUGAAAGAUAUUAUGAAGGAUGAAGCCGCAAAGUAUUCGAGAUGUGGGAGGACGGACCGAGGGGUGAACGCCAUUGGUCAGGUUGUAGCUCUCCAUUUGCGUUCCUCUGUUCGUCCACAUCAGCAACACAUGGGAAUGGCAGUGGCUGACGUGGCACUUGAGAUUGCUGACCGUGCAAUGGCCACCACUGCCACCCUGGACCAAACUGCCAGCCCCAGCCACAUCCAAGAACGCAGCAUCAGAAAUUCCAGCGCUCCUGCUGGCCAGCUGGCAGCUGAUGUGGCAGGGGGGGCAGAUGACGUGGCGAGGGAGGGCAAUGGCGUGGCAAACGAGAUUGACUACGUGGCAUCGUUAAACAGAGCUCUACCUGACGAUAUUCGUGUGCUGGCGUGGGCUCCUGCACCUUCCGACUUCAGCGCCAGGUUCAGCUGCUUGGAGCGAGAAUACAGAUAUUACUUUGUGGACGAGCCUGGCCUUGACAUUCUGGCGAUGCAGCGAGCAGCAGAGCUCUUCAAGGGCCGUCACGACUUCCGCAAUGUCUGCAAGAUGGACGUGGAGAACGUCAAGUCGUUUGAGCGGGAUAUCAUGUCGUGCCGCAUCGUGCCCUUUGCCGGCCCCUUUGCUGCCCCGCUUGCUGCCCUCUCUUCCCCUUCUGGGGUAGAGUCGAACCCAAGCAAGCCCCCCCAGCGUCCGUCGGUGUGGGUGCUGCAGGUGGUUGGGACGGCAUUUCUCUGGCACCAGAUUCGAUGCAUGAUGGCCGUGCUGCUAAUGGUGGGGCGGGGGCAGGAACGACCCGAGGUGGUAUCAGAGCUUCUGAGAGUGCAUGAUGGACCCUUCACCAGCAAGCCUCAGUACGCCCCUGCGGAUCCCCAUGGCUUGGUGCUGCACCGAUGCGCCUUCCCUGCCUCCCUGCGCUUCAGCUGCUCUGCCAAUGCCAAGCGCCUCCUCUGUCGGUCAAUCCGCCAGCAGUUGAACGCAGCCCUCAUCCGAUGCUCCGUGCUGCAAUCUGCACUUGACGCUGCGGAGUCUGCUGCUGCUUCCUCCGCUGCUGAUCCCUCUGAGUUCUUCUCAGAGGGGGAGGGUGGAGAGAAGAAGCUGGCCCACAUUCCGCUGCACCGGAGACCAAGAGAACCAUCCCUUGAAGAGCGAAGAAAGAAGCUUGAGGAGAGACCACCACGCCGAUAAGGGCGUCCCGUCCCGGUGCCAAUAAGGACAUCCCUUGUCCCAGUGCCGAUAAGGACAUCCCUUGUCCCAGUGCUAGUUAAACACUUCAGCGCUAGUUGCCUGCCACUAGUUGCUCCUGGAGCAAAGCUGCCAUAACGCUCCAGUCUAGGAAAGAACGGUAUUUUCUAGCACUCCAGCUGUCAAAUUCAUCCUGGUGUGAGUUCAGUUACCAAUGCUUAUCUAGUGGCAUGUUGUUGUAACAAACUUGCCAUAUGAAG